AGCACUAUUUUUUUCUAUUAUUUUAAUACACUUAUACGACAAAUGUUUUUUAUUAUUUUUUUUUUAAAAUUAAAACAAAAAAAAAACAAGUCACAUACAGCCCCCACUUGUAGGUAUAGUUUUAGCCGACCCAAACAGGGUUUUCUUCUGGAGGUAGCCGACUGAAAAAUGUCGUGCUUAACAGAACACUGUAAAGCCUGUUCCUCUCUGCCUCAUAUAUGCCUUAGAAAAAAGAAAAUUAUAAUUUUGAAACUGUUCCCACUCUGCCACUCAACACAAAACCUCUCUUAAUACUUUCUCUCUCUAUCUCUAUACUUUCAUUCUCUCAAUAUAUAAACCCUCUCACUACUUCCUCUCCUCACCUUAACACACCAAGCCAAAAAAGAAAGAAAGAAAAAAAAAGAAGAACAAACCAAAGAACUGUUUUUUAUAUUAUCAAGUUAGCUACUUUCACUCUCUUCUUCACUACUACUCAUCAAUUCUCUCUUCACACUGUAUAAAUCGAAAAACUAAGCCUGACCCAGUUCAAUUCAGCCAAAAGGGUACUCGAGAAUAGUUUUACAUUUUCCAGAUGCCAUCUGAGACCGGAGAACUGUGCCGCCGGCCGCCACCGCCGUUGAAGACUCAAAAUUCAGGAAACGCUGGCUCAGCACCGCCUCCUCCUCCUCCGCCUGAGCAAGAACAUUUGCCUUGUCCUCGUUGUGACUCGACCAACACUAAGUUUUGUUACUACAACAACUACAAUUUCUCUCAGCCUCGUCAUUUCUGUAAGUCUUGCCGGAGAUAUUGGACUCACGGUGGUACCCUUCGAGAUAUUCCGGUAGGUGGUGGUAGUCGUAAAAAUGCUAAGCGCUCUCGUACCACUGCUAUUAACUCCUCUCCUGGUCUCUCCGAUCACCACCACCUUCAUCACCACGCUUUGUCUGCUACGCCGGUUUUACUUCCUCUCUCGGCGAAUCAUCAAGGCGGCGGCGGCGGCGGCGGUGGUGGGUCGGGGUUGCAUUUUGGUGAUGUUAAGCCCAACAUUGGUGGGCUUUGUGGUGGGAGUUUUACUUCUCUUUUAAACACUCAAAGCCCAGGUUUUCUUGCUCUUGGUGGAUUUGGGCUUGGGCUUGGUGGUGGGCUUGAUGAUUUGGGCUUUGGUAUUGGGAGAGGUAUUUGGCCUUUUCCUGGUGUAGGAGAUGGUGGUGGAGCUGGUGUUGGUGUUGGUAAUGGCAAUGGUGGUAGUGCACUUAGAGGAAUUGGUAACACGUGGCAGUUUGAGAAUGGUGAUAAUCAUGGUGGAGCUGCCUUUGUUGGUGGAGAUUUCUGUUCUUGGGCUGAACCACCUAUUUCAACCCCUGGAAAUGGUCUCAAAUGAAUCUUUUUCCUUUUGUUAAUUUCUUUUCCUGGUUUUUAAAAAAUGGAAAUUAAGGUGUUUUUUUUUAGUUGAGGUUUACUUAAAAUCUUAGGUAAGAAAUCAGAAUAUUAAUUAAGAAGAGAGUACUUACUAUGGUUUUUUUUUUCUUUUUAACUUCUUUUGUCCUUUUUCUUUUCUUUCUUCAUCUUUUGUAAUCAUUGUGCUAUAUAAUAUGACCUUUGUUAAUUAGUUUCAGACA